GUGAUGUCUCAUAGCUCCAACUUAACCAAACAUCUGUGGUGGGAGGUGUCAACUUCUAACCACACGGACAUGCCAGCACUCAUGCACUGAAACCUGACUGUAGCUGUCAGAUUAGUGAAAGUGUGAGUGGUGCUGAGAGUCUGAUAUUGCUGCGGGUUCAUGAAGGCGUACACUUUGCAGCUAUGAAGGUUUCCAUCGCCAAGGUGCUCCUCGGAGUCUUCGGGGUAGCAGUCGUCGUCAUCCUGAUAGCGGUACCCACGGCUAUAUAUUUGAAAGAGGAGCAGGCGGGGAACCAAAGGACCUUCACACUGGAGGAUGUCUUCAACAGUUCACUGAAGCCAAAGUCCUACAGCAUGAGAUGGAUCUCAGAUUAUGAGUAUCUGCAGAAGUCCCAGGGCUCAGUCUUCCUCCACAACGUCCUCACAGAAACUUCUUCAGAGUUCUUGAGCCGAGACAAGUUUGAUGAAAAAGGCGCGUAUGAUUACCAGCUAUCUGCAGACCGCAAAUAUGUUGCGUUCAUGAGCAACCAUUCCAAGCUGUGGAGGCAUUCAUUCACAGCUUCAUAUUCACUUUAUGAGCUGGAAUCGGGCACAUUUCUCACACCCUCUGACAUUCCUCAUGAAGUCCAGUACUUUGCCUGGGCUCCUGAAGGGAACAAACUGGCCUAUGUGUGGAAGAAUAAUGUGUACAUAAAGACCAGCCCCGGGUCGGCACCAAAACAAGUCACUUUCAACGGCGAGGACAAUCAGAUUUUUAAUGGGAUCCCAGACUGGGUGUAUGAAGAGGAGAUGUUUUCAUCCAAUCAGGGCCUCUGGUGGUCACCUGGAGGGAAGUACGUGGCUUACGUUGAGUCCAACGACACCGAGGUCCACGCCAUAGAGUACUCGUGGUACGGCAACAACCAGUACCCCAGCACCGUUUCCAUUCCAUACCCGAAGCCAGGUACUCCAAACCCUGUUGUGAAACUGUUUGUUGUGGACACUAACAACACAUCAAAAAUUACUGAGGUGGUUGUUCCAGACCCAUUCGGCUCAAGUGAGCACUAUUUGGCAACUGUUACUUGGGCGACAGAUGAACGUAUCGCUGUCCAGUGGCUGAAGAGAGUCCAAAAUCAUCUCAUCCUUCAGAUCUACAAUUUUAACGGAUCUAAAUGGGAGCAGGCUGAGCAUCUGGAGGUGCGCAGUACCAGCGGUUGGAUUGGGCGGUUCUCUCCACCAGAACCAGUCUUUACCACAGAUAAGAACAGCUAUUACCUACUGAUGAGCGACACCAAUGGGUACAAGCACAUCCAUCAUGUGAUCGAGAGCGUGUCUACGCCGAUCACCGCUGGAGAGUGGGAGGUCAUUGACAUUCUGAAAGUAACUGAAGACAGUAUAUACUAUUCAAGUAACGAAGAGGGCGGCAAGCCAGGAGGAAGGAAUGUUUACAAGUGGACGAAACAAGGGCACAAGUGUCUGACUUGUACUUUACGUGGCGAGGAUUGUCAGUAUAACUCUGCCUACUUCAGCCACAAUGCCUCCUUCUACCGUAUGAGCUGCAGUGGUCCUGGCAUUCCUUACUAUUCUCUCAUGGAUAACCAGAAAAAUCAAGACAUGAAAGUUUUGGAGGACAACAAGGGCUUUAACAGCCUGAUAUCUGGCAUCGCAAUGCCCACCAUGCGUCGAGGCUUCAUCGAACUUUACGGACACAAACUCUGGUACCAGAUGUUUUUGCCUCCAGGAUUUGAUGAUUCCAAGAAGUACCCUUUACUAAUAGAUGUGUAUGCCGGCCCCUGCAGUCAGAAAGCAGACCUCAUCUACAGGGUGAGCUGGUCCACCUACCUGGCCAGCACUGAGAAAAUCAUCGUCGCCAGCUUUGACGGAAGAGGAAGCGGUUUCCAGGGCGACAAGUUAAUGCAUGCAAUCUACAAACGUCUGGGAACCUAUGAGGUGGAAGAUCAGAUAACAGCAGCCAGGGAAUUCAUUAAAAUGGGCUUCGUUGACAAAGACAGAAUUGCUAUUUGGGGCUGGUCUUAUGGUGGGUAUGUGACGUCAAUGGCACUGGGGUCUGGAAGUGGAGUUUUCAAAUGUGGAAUGGCUGUCGCUCCAGUCUCCAAAUGGGACUAUUAUGAUUCAAUCUACACAGAGCGUUACAUGCUGGAGCCCUCACAGAAUUACGAAUUCUACGCUAACUCAACAGUAACUGGCAGGGCCAAGAAUUUCCAUUCAGUGCAGUAUCUUCUGGUUCAUGGAACAGCUGAUGACAAUGUGCAUUUCCAGCAGGCAGCUGAGAUCUCUGAAGCUCUGGUGGAUGAGCAGGUGGACUUUGAGGCGAUGUGGUACACAGACAAGGAUCAUGGGCUCGGCGGGGCGGCCUAUCCACACGUCUACACCCACAUGACUCACUUCCUUCAGAGGUGCUUUGCAUGAAGUCCCCUGGAUCUCUUUUCACUGCCUCAUGGGAAUGCAAGAAAAAACAAUUUCUGGGGAUAAAGAUUUCAAUUGUAAAUGCAGGUUUGAUUAUUAGUGCUCUAAAUAUCAGGAAAAUGUAUUUAAUGUCAUUCUUUGUCUGUGAAGUGUUGACUUGCAUAUAUUCAGUCAGAAAAAAACAGCUCUGGAAAUUAUAAACAUUUUACUUGUAACAUGUCUACAUUAAAAAUAGGUUAAUUUUUAAAGAGGUCAUUACUUGACAUCGAUGUAGUAAUGUGAAAAUUGAAAAUGCUCCGUCAAACUGUACCUGUACUACUUGGACAUUUAGAGUUUUUACAAUAUUGUAUACAAUUAUGCACAGAAAUAUAAUGUGCCACCGUGAUUUUAUACGGUUUUACUAAAUUUAUGUAUAAUUUGAUGUUUUGUAAAAUAAUAAAUAAUUCAGUAAUAACUGUUA